AUGCGGCUUGGAGUCACCGUUUAUUGUACUGGACUCAGCUGCUCUCGGCUUUCUGUUGCCGGUGCGGUGCUCCUCAUGGAUGGGCUCGUCAGCAAGCCUUCUUGGAGUUUCGCGUAUGGACUCGUUUUCAUCAGCACCGGAUCUCUUACAUUUGGGCACAUUCGCUCCUUGACUGAAUGGUGCGGUGGGACCAAGCUUGGCGCUCCUGUCGCUGUCCUGGAUUCUAGCACCUUCGGCCCACCACUGUUCCCCCAUAGUUCCGGACGCACUGGCGCGGCAGUGACAGUCGCUCGAGAACCGACAGCCUUCUAUCUUUGCGUGGUGUACCGCUUCCUGCCCUUGAUCCGCUUCACCUUGGCAGCUCGUCGGUUCCGAGGAGUUUUUCCUGCACUGGGCUGGCCUUUCCAGCUUCUGAACUGGCCUGCCUGG